GUAUUUUUUAUGAAAAUGAUAUUUUCAAAAAGGAUUCAAAAUUGUUUUUACGUAGCGGCGAGACGUGUGAAUAGUGGAAGCCAGCAAGAAACCAACGUUGGUUUCAAUAGAGAUGGAAGGGGCUAAAGGCAGGCUAAAUUUUUGUGGGAAUCGGUUGAAUCGUUCGGAUUUUGUAAACAUCAAAUUGGAAAAUAUUAUUAUUUUGUAUUUUCAAUUUUUUCUGCGAUUUUGAAAAUUUGGAGAAUUGUAUUGUUUUUUUUACUCGUGAAAUAUAAUGGUGAUAAGGUAGGAUUUGUGUCAGAAGGUGGGAAUGGAUGAAUGCCUUUAGUGUGAAGUGUUGGCUGGGUUUUCAAUUUUGAAAAUUUUACAAAAACUAAACAAUUCGCAUUGCUUAUCAAAGUUAGUAAGACAUGACUAUCCACAACUUGUAUAUAUUUGAUCGACAAGGGACUCUUGUUUAUUAUGGGGAGUGGAAUCGCAAAAAGCCAGGCACCAUGAGUAGAGAAGAGGAAGGAAAACUAGUGUAUGGCAUGCUUUUCUCUCUACGAUCAUUCCUGGAUAAGAUUUCUCCCCUGGAUAUGAACGACAACUCAUUCCUGUAUAGAACAACUAAAUAUAAAAUGAACUAUUGGGAAUCGCCGACAGGCGUUAAAUUCUUGAUGAACACGGACUUAAAUGCUCCAAAUAUUAAAGAACUUUUGAGGACGAUAUAUCAACAGGUUUUUGUGGAAUAUGUGGUCAAGAAUCCGGUGCUUGCAAUAGGGGCGUAUAUCGAUAGUGAACUUUUUAUCCAAAAGCUGGAUGAAUUAAUCAAAUCCUCAUUAAGUUAUACAUCGAAAGUUUAAAUUAUACAAAUAUGUAGAUAGUUAGAGCUUGAGAAAUAAAAUGUUAGUUUAAUGCUUUCGUUCAAAA